AUGCAACAGCUUCCGGGUUGUCGGGUACAAGCUCCAGAGGAGCGCGGGGUUAGUGGCGAAUGCGGUGGAGUGGAGGAGGGUGAGCGGGGAUCGAUGGGAGGAGAUAAAUCAUUUUCUUUUGCAACUUUAGAAGUGAUGCCGAGUGAGGGUGAAGUGGUAGGCGAGAGUGGUGGUGAAGAGGAGGGAGAGGACAAGUACGCGAGUGAGUGGUGUAGCAGUGGUCAAGUUGGGCACCCGCGUGGGAACCCCUUGAGCCCCUUCCCCACCCUCCCCCCUAUUCUCUCCCCCACGGGGACAUCUGUCCCCACUGGUCUGGUUGCUGCUGGCCUGGACAUCUCUCCCCCGCUGGUGUGGUUUCUGCUGGCCUAUGCCGUGUCAGGCACGUUUGUGGUGGUCAGGGUGUGUUUGGCUUGUGCAUGUUCACACCUCACCUCUGCCCCUCCCCCACAUACAUCCAACCAACCCCCCCAUCCAUCACCCCAUAGGGACAUCUCUCCUCCGUUAGUGUGGCUUCUGCUAGCCUAUGCCGUGUCAGGCACGGACAUCUCUCCCCCGCUGGUGUGGUUUCUGCUGGCCUAUGCCGUGCCAGGCACGUUUGUGGUGGUCAGGGUGUUUGGGAAGCAACUCACCUGGCUGCAGUUCCUGGGCUUUCAGCAAGGGGCAUAUCUGCAUCACUCCCUCGUGCGAAUAAAGGACAUCGGCUUUCAACGGGAGGCAGACCUGCGUUACUCCCUGGGUUUCCAACGGGAGGCAGACCUGCGUUACUCUCUGGUGCGAGUGAAAGACAACGUGGAGUCAAUCGCGUUCUAUCGGGGGGAGGUGAAGGAGGAGGCGUCAGCCAAGAGUCGCUCUCAACGUGUGCAAUCGCCUCGUGCUGCAGUUCCGCCUCUCCUUCUUCAUCAACUCCUUCUAUUUCCCUUCCCUUUGUCUCUUUUCCCACCUUUCCAGUCAUUCCUGCACCGAGUGGCUCUCAACGUGCGCAACCGGCUAGUGCUGCAGUUCCACCUCUCUUUCUUCACCAACCUCUGCGACUUCGCCACCAUCUUUGUCCCCGCCGUCAUCGUGGCACCGCGAUACUUCUCUGGGGAGGAAAGUGCCGCCCCUUUCCUCCCCUGGGUCACCGUACCCAUUUGCCCCACCCAUCUCUCCUUCUUCACCAACCUCUACGACUUUGCCACCAUCUUUGUCCCCGCGGUCAUCAUGGCACCGCGAUACUUCUCUGGGGCGGUAAGUCUGCUGCCCCUCCCCCCCACCCACCUCUCCUUCUUCACCUACCUCUAUGAAUUUGCCACACUCUUUGGCCCCCCCAUCACCAUCACCUCACGCUAUUUCUCCAGAGCUGUGAGAGCUGCUCCUUCCCUCCCCUGGUCCGCUGUUCCCCUGUGGCCCCACCCACCUCUCCUUCUUCACCCACCUCAUAUCAACUUUGCCACCAUCUUCGUCCCGGCGGUCAUCGUCGCCCCGCGCUACUUCUCCGGAGCUGUGGAGUUUUGCGUGAUAGCGCAGGCAGGCUAUGCCUUCAGCACCAUCUACCGCGCACUCACAGUCAUUGUGCUCAACUUCAAUCCUUCAGGUGGGGGCUGGGCUAACCCUCUUUCCACCCCUUUCAACCCCUUUCCACCCCUCGCCCCCCCUCUCCACCCCUCUCCACCCCUCUCCGCCCCUUCUCCCUCCCAUUCCCCUCCCCCCAUCCAGGUAGAGUUUGGCGUGAUAGCGCAGGCGGGCUAUGCCUUCAGCACCAUCUAUCGCGCUCUCACAGUCAUUGUCCUGAACUUCAACUCCUUCAGGUGCUUUAUCGGAGUCACUUUUGGGAAAGUGACUCUUCAGGUGCCUCUCCCUCUCUCCCCGACCUCCUUUCUCUCCCCGACCUCCUUUCUCUCCUGCCCUUCUCCCUCUCUCCCUCUUUCGCUGGAUCACUGCGGGCCCCUGCUGACCGCUGGUGCCACCAGGUUGAGUGUUUCUUCAGCCAUCGAUCCCUCCUCAUAUUCCUCCACCUCCGCUCACUCUCUCGCUCUUGGUCAUUCCCUCUCUCUCCAGCCCUCCCACACUGCCCCCCCUUCCUCCUCCUCUCUUGCUCCUACUCUCACGGGACAGAGGCUUGCCACUCGUUACGCCUCUGAAUCCUCACCCACUCUCAUAUCAGCAGCGGAGGCAUCGGCGGGCUCUUUAGUUUCAGGUGUUUUGCCAGGUGGUUCUCAUCGGGAGGGUGCACCGUUGCUGGAGUUGACUGCUAUGGGGGGAGGCUCAGGUGGUGGCGCUGCUGCUGAUGCUGCUGCUGAAAGAGAAGCUGAUGUGAUUGAAUGCACCACUGCAACAGGUCGCAUUCAGCGCAUAGAAGGCCCGUGCCUCACACUCUCCUCUGUCAUCAUCCGCACCCCCAACCUCUGCCACACCCUCUACCCCUCCUCGCUCUCCUUCUCCCUCCCCCCCGGCGCAUCCCUCCUCGUCAUGGGACCCCCCGGCUGCGGAAAAUCUUCCCUCCUGCGAGCCAUUGCCGGCCUGUGGAAAUUCGGAGAGGGAACCAUCGAGUCCCCGCCGCCCGGAAAAACUUUUUUCCUGCCCCAGAAGCCGUAUAUGCCACUCGGGACGCUCCAGGACCAGCUGGUUUUCCCCGGAAAUGCUCUCAAGGGAGGUGGAGGGGGAGAGGGCGGGGGAGGGGGAGGAGGCGGAGGGUUGGAGGGAGAUGGGAGCAGCGGUGAGGAGGGAGGGGGGAGUGUGAGGGGAGAUUUUUCUGAUAAAGAGCUGUUGCACGUGCUUCAGGAGGUUUCACUUCCUGAUUUGGCUGAACAGGUGGGCGGGCUGGCUGUGGAAUGUGACUAUUCUGACAUGCUUUCUAUGGGGGAGCAGGAGCGGGUGGCGUUCGCUCGUCUUCUUCUGCAGCGGCCGUACAUGGCGUUUUUGGACGAGGCGGCGAGUGCUCUGGACGGGGCGAAUGAAGCGCGGCUGUAUGGGAUGAUGCGCGAGAGGGUGAAGUCCGCAUCUUACGGCGCAUCCGACGGCGCGUCUGGCGGAACAAGCUGGAGCGGCAGCUGGUGGUUCGGGAAGCGGGUAGAAAGCGGCGAAUGCGGCGUGAGAUGCGGAACCGAGCUGAAAAAGAUCAGGAGGAGGAAACGGAAGGGUCGCCGGGCAGAUGGAGGAGAAGAACAGGUCCACGUGGCAGGAGAAGAAAACAGUCAGGAAUUCGAUGAUGAGGAUGAGUGGGACGAGGAGGAGGAGGAAGAGGAGGAGGAGGAGGAGGAGGAGGAGGAGGAGGAGGAGGAAGGAGUGGAGGGAGAAGGAGAUGAGAAGCCGCAAAGGGCGUUUCGUAGGGUUCUUGCGGAUAACUCAAGAGCUCCGUUUCAGCACCUGAAACGAAUUGAAUCGGCUUGUAAUGAGGAUGAGGACGAGAGUGAGGAUUCAGGAGAUCUACAUCCAUACGGCGACGAGAUCCGCCACCUUAUCCAGAAUCCCCCUUUGCCCAACCACGUGCUGCCACCUGGCACCACAGCACCACCAGCUCUGAAUGACCCAGGUGGGCCCAUUCCCUCCGUGAGUGACUUCCUGCCAGCUGCUCUGUUCCUCCUGCCAGCUGCUCUGUUCCUCCUGUCAGCUGCUCUGUUCCGCCUGCCAGCUGCUCUGUUCUGCCUGCCAGCUGCUCUGUUCCGCCUGCCAGCUGCUCUGUUCCUCCUGCCAGCUGCUCUGUUCCUCCUGCCAGCUGCUCUGUUCCGCCUGCCAGCUGCUCUGUUCCGCCUGCCAGCUGCUCUGUUCCGCCUGCCAGCUGCUCUGUUCCGCCUGCCAGCUGCUCUGUUCCGCCUGCCAGCUGCUCUGUUCCGCCUGCCAGCUGCUCUGUUCCGCCUGCCAGCUGCUCUGUUCCGCCUGCCAGCUGCUCUGUUCCGCCUGCCUUCGACGCCGUCAUGGCGGACAAAGAAGGUGAAGCCUCGUCUUUUGAGUCGACUCAAAAGUCAGCCCUUUCUGACCAAGAAGGAGAAGCCUCGUCUUUUGAGUCGACUCAAAAGUCAGCCCUUUCUGACCAAGAAGGAGAAGCCUCGUCUUUUGAGUCGACUCAAAAGUCAGCCCUUUCUGACCAAGAAGGUGAAGCCUCGUCUUUUGAGUCGACUCAAAAGUCAGCCCUUUCUGACCAAGAAGGAGAAGCCUCGUCUUUUGAGUCGACUCAAAAGUCAGCCCUUUCUGACCAAGAAGGAGAAGCCUCGUCUUUUGAGUCGACUCAAAAGUCAGCCCUUUCUGACCAAGAAGGUGAAGCCUCGUCUUUUGAGUCGACUCAAAAGUCAGCCCUUUCUGACCAAGAAGGUGAAGCCUCGUCUUUUGAGUCGACUCAAAAGUCAGCCCUUUCUGACCAAGAAGGUGAAGCCUCGUCUUUUGAGUCGACUCAAAAGUCAGCCCUUUCUGACCAAGAAGGUGAAGCCUCGUCUUUUGAGUCGACUCAAAAGUCAGCCCUUUCUGACCAAGAAGGAGAAGCCUCGUCUUUUGAGUCGACUCAAAAGUCAGCCCUUUCUGACCAAGAAGGUGAAGCCUCGUCUUUUGAGUCGACUCAAAAGUCAGCCCUUUCUGACCAAGAAGGUGAAGCCUCGUCUUCGCACCCCCGCCCGCUCGCUGUUGUUCCCGCACCAGAUCUGGGCGCUGAACCCAAAAUUGUCCCUGACAUCACGCAUCUCAACCCCAGACGGCAGGGACUAUAUCAUCGACGCCAUUGCGCUGCAUGACCACAUAGGGGACGCCCUCCGCCCUGUCUUCGCCAACCCGGCCGUCACAAAGCUGUUCCACGGAGCCGACUCGGACGUGCUCUGGCUGCAACGGGACUUCCACAUCUACACUGUGAACCUCUUUGACACAGCACGGGUGAGCAUGAGUAUGCCCGCAUGUGGCCUUAGCCAGGGCCCGCCCAGUCUUUGCCAGCCCGCCCAGUCUUUGCCAGCCCGCCCAGUCUUUGCCAGCCCGCCCAGUCUUUGCCAGCCCGCCCAGUCUUUGCCAGCCCGCCCAGUCUUUGCCAGCCCGGCUGUCACCAAGCUGUUCCACGGAGCCGACUCGGACGUGCUCUGGCUGCAGAGGGACUGUCACAUUUACACUGUCAACCUCUUCGACACUGCCCGGGCAUGCUCGGUUCUCAACAAGCAGUACCGCUCGCUCGUGUUUCUCCUAGACCACUACUGCCACGCCUGCUCGGUUCUCAACAAGCCAUACCGUUCGCUCGCAUUUCUCCUGGACCACUACUGCCACGUCAGCACCGACAAGCGCCUGCAGCUCGCCGACUGGCGCCGCCGCCCGCUGCCGCCCGCGAUGCUACAGUACGCGCGCACGGACUCGCACUACCUGCCGUACAUUGCUGGCCGGCUGCGGUGGGAACUGGUUCAGGCGGACGCAGGGGGAGAGGGGGGAGACGGAGCAUUUGCAAACGGAAAGGGAGAAGCGGCAGCAGGAGGAGGAGGAGCAGCAGCAGCGGCAGCAGCAGGAGCAGGAGCAGGAGCAGGGGGAGGAGGAAGGAGAGGGUCUAGGGCGGGGCACAGCAGCGGAUCCAAGUAUGAGGAGGCAGUGAGAAGGUCCAAUGCGCUGUGCCUGCAGCUGUAUGAAAAGCCGGGGGAGAGGAGCGCUGGUGCUGCUGACAGGGGUGCAGUUGGAGAGGCCGUGAGAGAGAGGAGAGAGAGGGGGGAGGUGAUAGGAGGGAGUGCUGAGGCGGCAGCAGCAGCUGCGGCAGCACUUUUCCGGCAGCUGUUAGGCGUCUGUGGGUAUGUGGGAGGUGCCGCGCUUCCAGGUGGGCCUUCAGGUGAUUCUGCUGGUUCAGGUGCUGCUUCUGCGGCACCUGACGCUGCUGCCACGUCAGCGGGUCAGAAGACGUCGGAUCGGUCCCAGGUGUUACGGGAAGUGAGGGCCGUGCUCGAUGCGGUAACCAGAUGGCGUGACACUGUAGCGCGGGAAGAAGACGAAAGCCUGCGAUUCCUCCUUGCUGACGUGGCAGUGGUCGCCGUGGCGCUCCUACGGCCUGCCACAUGUCAAGAGCUGAUUGGGUGCGUGGGGAAGGCUAUGGCAGCCGCUGCUGCUCUCACGCCGCCCUCUAUGAGAGAAGAGGUCGGCGUUCCUCGGCCUAUUCAAGGAGGCGGGAGUGGAGGGGAGAGUGGAACCGUUGAGUCAACAGAAGGUGCUGCCUUGUCUGCAGCAGUAGCGGAACAACAGGCUACUCCAUCUCAGCCCGCCUCCCCUUCCCCCUCGCCUCCUCUCGUCCGUCGAUCUCCCGAGCUGGUCGCGCUGAUCACCGCCACGUGUCGCGACGUGAGAGGUGGCGACGAGGGGGUGCUUGAUACAACAGGAGCAGCAGAGCGAAACGAGACAGCAGCAGCAGUGAACGGGGGAGCUGAAAGGGCAGUGGCAGCAGCGGCAGCAGUGCAGGCCAGACUAGCAGAGAUCUCGUUCCUCCUCGCCCCGGUGGUCAUUCAGCAGCGGGCGCCAGCAGCUGUGCAGGAGGCGUGCGGUGAUGGGCGGCUGCUGUGCUUCUGUGAUAAGAGGAAGUUAGAGUGGUAUGUGGGACGGGGGUUGGCUGAGUAUGUGACUGUUGACAUGCUGCCGUCGCUGCAGGGGGCUGAGGAGACGGGGUUGGGGGCGAAGGGAGAAGCGGAAGGCCGCCCAGAAGAUGACGAAAACGAGUUCUACAUCCAAUCCAAGUCCAACCGCUGCGUCUCGUGUGGGGAGUCCACCCACUACCUGCGCUACCGCCUCGUUCCCUCCUGCUACCGCCACGCUUUCCCCGAGCAUCUGAAGUCGCACCGGAGCCAUGAUAUCGUGCUGCUGUGCGUUGAUUGCCAUGACGUGGCGCAUCGUGCGGCUGAGAUUUUCAAGCGGGAGGUCGCGCGGAGGUUCGGGGUUCCAUUGCUGCUGUCGCCGCUGGAUCGGAGGUUCGGCGGAGGGUCGGGUGAGGGUGGGGGCGAGGAGGGGGAAGAAGGGGUGGGAGAGGAGGAGAAUGCAGAAGGUAGGGAGGAGGGAGGUGGGGAGAUGGAGGGUGAGGGGAGUGCGAAUGGUGAGCGGAAAGGAGGAAGGGAUGCGCGAGUACAGGCAGCGUUUCUGUUGAACGAUGCUGCCCGGUCAGCAGUGGCAGUUUUACGGCACGGGGCAUCGCUGCCCGAAAGCAGGCUCUGCGAGCUGCUUCUGCCCGUGUGGAAAGUUUUGAAGCGGGCAGCAGGCAGCCCGGUGAAAAUCGAGGAGCUGGAGAUGGUGGUGCAGGCAGGGAAGGGGACCAGAGUGCGGGCAGGAAAAAGAAAAGGUUUGCCCGUUGUGGGCCAAAGGGAGGCUCUACAGAAAGCGUUAGCUGGGCUGGGUGGAGGGGGAGGGGGAGAGGGAGGAGAGAGAGAGGGGGAUGGGAGAAAGGAGGUUGUGCAAGCAGAGGGAGCAGGUGACGGAAAUGAGGUCAAGGGGGCAGAUGCUGGUGCGUGUGAGGGAGUGAGUGAGAAAGUAAGUGAGGGAGGGGGCGACCAAUCCUGCGAGACUCAAGAGGAGGAUACCCUGGGACUAGCAGCACCUGACCUCACCUCACUCAACCUCUCUGCAACCCCCGCCAUCGAGCCAGUCCCUUUAAGGGGCCACUGGGAGCACGGAACAAAGGUUGUAGCGCUGCUGCUGGAGGGGGGUGGGGAGGCGGGGAUAAGGGAGUUCACGCAGCAGUGGAGGGAGGUGUUUGUGGCGGCGCUACAGCCGCGCUUCCUGCCGCCCGGGUGGGAUGUGCAGCACUUGGGAAGACGGCAGUUUGGGGAGUUUUCCGUUUACAAUCCACAGAGGCGGCGGUAUGUGAAGGGUGAUGAGGCAGGAGGGGAGGGUGGGGAGGGAGAAGGAAGGGGAGGAGGGGAGGGAGGGGAGGGAGAAGGGGAGGAAGUUUAA